UGUUCACAGAAUAGGAUCCAUGAAUUAUGAUGCGAACUUAGGAUGAUCUUGAUCCGACGUCAGUCGAUAGUCACAAAGCAGCAGCUAAAGGAACAGCGAGAUAAAAUAUUCAGGAGGCAGUCUAUUAUCUCUCAAGAUUACCGGACUGAACCCAGCCAGAGAUCUCAUAACAUUGUGGUUCUCAAUGUUCGGGGUAAUUUUUAUGAGGUGUUUCAAAGUACUCUACACAAGUACAAGGACACACUGUUGGGCUCCGAAGAGUUGCGCGAGUACUAUGACAGAGAGAGCGGGGAGCACAUCAUAGACACAGAUCCUCAGAUAUUCUACACUAUCCUACACUUCUAUCAGACCAAUGGACAUCUCUACUGCCCGCCUAGUAUCACAGAGGAACGCUUCUUGGAAGAGAUAAAGUUCUUCCGGCUGACUAAAUACUUUCUGAAGCUGAAUGACACGCCCGGUGAGUCGUCGGGAGAAGAGGAGAAUGCACGACCAAAGAAAGCCAACAUGGUUUGGACAUUUCUUGAGAAAUCGAAUUCCUCAGUCGGAGCAAGAAUUUGGUCUUACUGCUCCAUCGUUUGUAUUCUAAUGGCAGUUACAAUCUUCAUGGUAGAAACUAUUCCAGAAAUCGAGGAGAAGGUGUCCGACGAAACUACUCUUCUACAUUUUGUCUUCUUCUGUAUUGAAACGACCUGCAUCGCUUUUUUCACACUAGAGUUCAUACUGCGAGCUUUUGCGUGUCCUCAGUUUAUAAUUUUUGUAAAAAACGUGCUCAAUUGGGUGGACUUCAUUUCAAUUCUCCCUUACUACAUAGGACUAAUAUUCCCAGGAGGAAUAGCGCAUAUAUUUGUAGUGCUGCGAGUUUUGAGGGUAGUAAGAGUAUUAAGACUUGCCCGCCACUCCGACGGCAUCAAAAUCAUCUUUUUGGCGCUUUCAACGAGCGUAAGUGAACUCUUCUUUCUCAUUUUCUUCUGGUCGAUUGCCAUCAUAUUUUUCGGCAGCCUCAUACACUACGUGGAGGGAAUCGAGGACAAGGACGGAAACUACAACGCCGCAUUUGACUCGAUCCCGCGCAGCGCUUGGUGGGUGGUGGUGACUAUGAGCAGCGUGGGCUAUGGUGACUGCUACCCUAUAACAUGGCAAGGCAAAAUCAUUGGAAGCCUCUGUAUCAUGUCGUGCAUGUUGGUUCUAGCUCUGCCCAUGACGGUUAUCAUAUCCAAAGUAACGAGAACGUAUCACGCGUAUAUUCAGAAAGAGAACAGGAUAGAGUUACGAAGACAGAUGGCAGAAAGCAAGAAGAUUGACAGUUCAAAUUAUAACAGCAGCACGGCAGUGUGAGGUUGGCUGCUGGGUCAGGGACUUUUGCUGCUCUGGUCGUGUAAUUAAACACGUGAUCGGUAGCGGCUUUGUGUGUGGUGUAAUAACGAUAUGAUUU